UUUUAAUGCAGAAGUAUCCUUUGUUGGGACAAAUUACCUAUACUAGUGAAUUGUGUGGACUUAAGCUAGUUCUACUUUAAAACAAAAUUUUAUGUCCAAUAAAAUAAAGUUUAAUUUUAAUAAACCCUCACACCUUUUACUGGACAUAAACUAGUUCUGCACUGUACUGGUUUCGACUUGUUAGAAAUCUUGGUAUUUCAAGCGCGACCGUACACGAAUAACGCAGAUUACCUUAGUUUAAAGCAGUUCUUAGUGUAAAGUGAUCGAGUUUGCGCAACGUAAACAAAUUAAAUAUGAGUAGAAGGAAAAAAUAUUUGAUCUUCUGGCCAAGCACUGUGAUGAUACCAACCGUGACAAACUAAAAGUAUCUUCAAGACCAGAAAAAAUAGAUGCCCAAUAUUUGAUGAAUACAGCAAAUCUUAUGCUGCCUGGUUAUUUACUCUCUAAGGAAACGGCUGCUUUUAACAAGAGCGAUAAUGCAUUUUGCAGUAUGAACCUCGAAAAUAUAAAAUCAGUUUUAAGUCUUGUAUCCAAUAAAGUUAUACCGAUUGUGGCCGAUAAAGGAGACGCAAAUGCUAGUGAAGAAGUAAGAAGUGUUCUCGAAAAAAUUAUAGACGUAAUAGAAACUGACCAAUUGGACCCUGAAAAAUGUGGCAAACGGAAAAAUAUUGUCGAAGAGGAUCUGUAUUUAUCAUCGGAUACGGAUCCUUUCCAAACGGAUGAUGAAGAAAACGACACUAAUUUUAAUCCACAAGAAAGCAAAAAAAAAGAAGAAAAAAAACUUUAAUUUAGAAAACAAUUAUAAAGAAACUGAUACAAGUUCUAACACAGAUGAAAAUAAUAAUAAUGCUAGAAAAAUAUCUAAAAAAAAGCUAAGAAGAGAACAUACUUGGAAAAGAAACAUAAUUAAGUCAUCGAGAAAUCAAAGAAAGAAAUACACCAACUGGAAAGAAAAGAAACAAUUAGCAAGAAAAAUGAAAACAUCAUGUGAAGAGAAAUGUAGAAUGAAGUGUCUAAAUAAAAUGAGUGAAGAAGAAAGACAUAAAAUAUUUACUGAAUAUUGG